GCCGAAAGACGCGGCUUGGCAUGUUACAAUGGAAGGACAACACAACCAUCCACACCAUCUGGGGGACCAGAACCUACUGUGCAAAGUGGCAAGCUCAGAAUAUCAGCAUGACACGCAAAGACACCUCUAUCGCUGCACUUUAGCAGAUUUUCAGAUUGAGAAGAAAAUUGGGCGAGGCCAAUUUAGCGAGGUCUACCGGGCGACUUGUCUCCUGGACCGAAAACCGGUGGCGUUAAAAAAAGUACAGAUAUUCGAGAUGAUGGACGCCAAAGCCAGACAAGAUUGCAUUAAAGAAAUAGACCUUUUGAAGCAAUUGAAUCAUCCCAACAUAAUCAAGUAUUUGGAUUCGUUUAUUGAAGACAAUGAACUGAACAUUGUCCUGGAGCUGGCAGAUGCUGGUGACCUUUCUCAGAUGAUUAAGUAUUUUAAGAAGCAGAAACGGCUCAUCCCCGAACGGACCGUUUGGAAAUAUUUUGUGCAGUUGUGCAGCGCGGUGGAACACAUGCAUUCCCGCAGGGUGAUGCACAGAGACAUCAAGCCAGCCAAUGUGUUCAUUACUGCUACUGGAGUGGUGAAGCUGGGAGAUCUGGGCCUGGGGCGUUUCUUCAGCUCGAAAACCACUGCUGCACAUUCCUUAGUGGGAACACCGUAUUAUAUGUCGCCGGAAAGAAUACACGAAAACGGCUAUAAUUUUAAAUCAGAUAUUUGGUCUUUGGGCUGCUUACUGUACGAGAUGGCAGCUCUUCAGAGCCCCUUCUACGGCGACAAAAUGAACCUUUUCUCCCUCUGUCAAAAGAUCGAGCAGUGCGAUUACCCACCUCUGCCAGCCGAGCAUUACUCUGAAAAGCUGCGGGAGCUGGUCAGCAUGUGUAUCUACCCGGAUCCAGAUCAGAGGCCCGAUAUUAGUUACGUGCACCAGUUAGUGAAACAGAUGCACGUCUGGACGUCCAGCACUUGAAGCGUGGCUCCGCGCUCUGCAAGGAGAACGGUUCCCAGCUUAGUCUUACUUAACUUCUGUCUCAGACGAAACCAAGCGGUGCCUCAUCGAACUCAAAAAAUGGGUUGGAGUUGAGCCUUCGUAGGAAGAUCCUUCCAUGAUUUCUGUACAGGCGCCCGGCGGGUGGAUCUGCUCCCAGCCACGGCGGUGCGAUGUGGUCGCCAGCAUGAGUUGCCUCUUCCGGAACCGGAUAACAUGUUACCGAUGUAGAUCUCUCUCUCUCUCUCUCUCUUUUUUUUUUUAAAAAAGAUCCUUUCUUCAAACCGUUGUGUGUAAUCUAAGUUAGGCUAUAUAGCAAGGGUUUCUGAUUGGUGUAUUUUGACAUACCCCUUGUAUCUUAACUAAUGUGAAAUAUUGGGGAAAUUAAUUCCUUGGGGGAAAUCACUUUAAUCCUAACGUAAGAAUUGCAAUAGGUUUUUUUUUGUGGGGAGGGGGGCCUGUAAUGUGUAUAACUGCUACUUUGCUUCUUCUAGCAGUGGUUAUUAGUAAGUUCAGUUUUUAGUUCAUGUAUUACCUUUUUUUUUUUGUAAACAAACAGACAUCCGACCUGCGUUUUAAUUUGUAUUUCCUUCUGUUGCAAAAAAAGUGGUAUGGAAGAGGAUGAAUUUUAUUUUAUUUUUAAAAGCAAACCCUUAGAAUGACUAUUUUGCGGUGUGUGUUGUCAACUCUGGCUCCCGAGACCUGGGUGGGCUUCAAACCAAAGGAGUGUCGUGUUUUGUCGUGGUUUUUUUUUUUUCCUGGUUAAGAGAUUGCCACGGCCGCUACGAGACUCCGUAGCCAAUGAGCGCUGGGUACCGUUCUGUAAAGCCCAUCUCUAACCAGGGUCGAACCCCUAAAAUUCAUGUGGCACCCCCUCCAUGGGCCACCAAAGCCAGGUAAGUCCAGAGGAAUGCGGUUUUGAAUUCCCUGCUUCUUUACUGUGAAAACCCAUUUACCAAUGUGAAUUUU